CGACGAACGACACUCGACGACGGCCGCAGUCGAAGUGCAAGUGUGAGUCGGUGCGAGUGCAACUGUGUCGUCGACCGCAUUAUCACUCGCUGAUAAUCGAUCGGAUAACAACGCAACGAUAACAAUUAAUGGAUACGUAACGCUGACGCUUGCAACGCCGAAAUGAUAUUCAGAUUGAUACUGCCACUUGUGUGCCUCCUCUGCGUGGCAUGGCGCACACAAGCACAAAUCGCCGAGAAGCUGACCGCCCCAAAUCCCUGCGUCACGAAGCCAACAUGCCAUGAAUGUAUUCAGACGCCAUCAUGCGCGUGGUGUUUCAAGCCGGACUUCGGCGACCGGGCACGCUGCUUCCAAACGACCAGCCCAACAGCCGCAGCUUGCCCCGAGGAGUAUAUCUGGAACCCGGACAAUGUUCAACAAAUUCUUCUGGCUAGGAAUCUCACCAAAGCGCACGCCGCUGGAUCUUUAGGCAGCGGCGGAAUGGAAUCAGGCUGGCAUUCGGAGCAGCACUCAAGUCACAGCAGUUCUUCUUCAUCCAGCUGGUGGUCAUCAUCGUCCAGUAGUAGUGGUAGUGCUUCGGCUAGUAACAUUGUGCAAAUCUCACCACAGAGGGUUAAUCUUAAAUUGAGAGCAAGACAAUCUUAUGAUUUAACAAUGCAAUACACGCAAGCCGAAGACUAUCCAGUUGAUCUCUACUACUUGAUGGACUUAUCAAAAUCCAUGGAGGACGAUAAACACAAACUCUCCCUUCUCGGCGAUCUUCUAGCCGAAUCAAUGCGUAAUAUCACCUCAAAUUUCCGCCUGGGAUUCGGUAGUUUUGUGGACAAAGUCGUCAUGCCCUAUGUGAGCACCGUGCCCAAAAAGUUGCAAGAGCCGUGCAACAAAUGCGCAGCACCUUAUGGGUUCCGCAAUCAUAUGACUUUAAGCACUGAUACCUCAGAGUUCUCCCAUUUGGUGAAAGAAGCAGCUGUGUCUGGUAAUUUGGACGCUCAAGGUGGUUUUGAUGCUGUAAUGCAAGCAAUUGUGUGUAGAAAUCAAAUCGGCUGGAGAGACAUCGCCAGAAGGUUAUUAGUUUUCUCAACGGAUGCUGGGUUCCAUUAUGCAGGAGAUGGCAAGUUAGGAGGAAUUAUUAAACCAAACGACGGACUUUGCCAUCUUGAAAAUGGCCUGUACACCCACUCUAGUAUCCAGGAUUAUCCUAGCAUCUCACAAAUCAAUCUGAAAGUAAAAGAAAAUUCGAUAAAUUUGAUUUUCGCUGUGACUGAAGAACAAAUCGGCAUCUACAAACGCUUACAAGAGAACAUUGAAGGUUCAUCUAGCGGAAAACUGUCCAACGAUUCGUCUAAUAUUGUCGAUCUUGUCAAAGAACAGUACCAACAAAUCUCCUCCACUGUAGAAAUGAAAGACAACGCAGCCAGCACUAUCAAAAUCAACUACUUUUCUAAAUGCUUAGAUGUUAAUGGGCCAGAGAAAAAGACCAAUAAAUGCGGUGAUAUUAAAGUCGGCGAUGUGGUCUCCUUUAGAAUUGAGAUUGAGGUCACUUCCUGCCCGACGGAUCCCCGCGACUGGAAGCAAACACUCAACAUCUAUCCUGUUGGCAUCAAUGAAAGUUUGAUUGUUGAUUUGGAAAUGUUGUGCUCGUGUCCUUGUGAACACCCAGGCAAUGCCGGUCAUAUAUUUAACGCGGAGGAGUGCAGCGGUUAUGGUACAUACAAAUGCGGUAUCUGUGAAUGCGAUAAUUCACAUUUUGGACGACAUUGUGAAUGCUCUGCUAGUCAAGCACAAAACGCCAAUGAUAGUAUCGGCUGCCGGCCUGAUAACACCAGCACGGUUGAUUGUUCUGGUAGAGGAAGUUGCGUAUGUGGAAGAUGCGAAUGCAACGUGCGCAAUAACGAAGAUGAGAAAAUUUACGGCAAUUUCUGCGAGUGUGAUAACUUCUCUUGCGAUAGACGUGAAGGGCAGAUUUGCAGUGGACCGACACAUGGUAUCUGCGAAUGCGGGACGUGCACAUGUAAAGAACCUUGGGGUGGUGCAGAUUGUGGAUGUAAGAUGAGCAACGAGACUUGCUACGCGCCGGAUCGUAUUGAUGGUGAGAUUUGCUCCGGGCACGGUGAAUGUGUUUGUGGAUUAUGCAAAUGCGAAAGUACUGAAGAAGGAAGGUAUUCAGGUCGAUAUUGUGAGAAAUGUCCAACGUGUUCAGAUAGAUGUGAGGAAUUUAAACAAUGCGUGCAAUGCCAAAUGUACAAGACUGGUCCGCUGGACGAAGAAGCGUGUGCCAAAAACUGCACAAAGUUUACACCCAUCGGCGUGGAGAAGGUGGAAGCCAAAGAAGAAAAUGAGGAAGUUUUGUGCUCCUUGUUCUACGAUGAAGACGACUGCAGUUUUGCAUAUUUGUAUUACUUUGACGAACAGAACCGCGUGGUUGUCAAAGCACAACAGGAGCGAAAAUGUCCACCAAAGGUUUUCUUAUUGGGCAUCGUUUUGGGUGUAAUGGCUGCCAUUGUACUCAUUGGUUUAGCAAUUCUGUUGUUAUGGAAGUUGUUUACUACUAUCAAGGAUAAGAGGGAGUUUGCCAAAUUCGAGAAGGAACGACAAAUGGCAAAAUGGGAUACGGGCGAAAAUCCGAUUUAUAAACAAGCCACCUCCACCUUCAAGAACCCCACCUACGCCGGCAAAGGUUAAGCUUGAACAACGAACGAGUUUUGGUAGUCCAUCGAAUUGUCCACUCGACGAGAAUGAGAGUCGAAAGCAAUAACUUACUAAUUUUUAAUUUUCGACUGAUGCCACACACUCACACUCGAAUACUGUGCGAACAAAUCGCAAAGUUUUAUUUAUUUCAUCGCACAAAGUUCGGCACCGAUUACAAAAACGCGUACAUAGCAAGAAAACAUUUGAAUAAUUAGCUGAAUAGCGAAGUUUCGUCAUUGUGUGUUCAUCCGUAAUCGUAAUCACGUUUUAUGUACAUAGACGCGCGUGAUUUUCACAGUCCGAUUACGCAAAUGUAUGAUUUAAAAACAAUUUAUUUUGCUAAUUGUUAAGGUAAACUUAAUAAUUAAUGUGCCUAAAUGAAACGAACGCAUACGCGUGGAUGCCAUUUUAUACAAAUAUUCUAUUCUUAACUAUUAACAUAGAAGUCCCUAUAAUCUCGAAUAGCGUAUGUAUUUUCAAUGCGGCCGAAUAUAUUUAUACGUAAUUGUUGUAUUAAGUACAAGAUGUGAAGUAGGAAACGCAGCAACGUGUUCAGAAUUUAUGAUAUUUUAAUGAUUGAUUGUUAAAUUGAUGCAACUAACAAUUAUUUUUGUUUAACGUGCCUUAACUUAAAGGGGAACCUUGAAAGAAUUGUGAACAAUAUGAAAUCAAAUUAUUUACUCUACUAGUACUUAAACAUGAAACAAUCAUGGUGCAAAUCUGAUUAUGACAAGAACAAUAACGAUUCCUAACAAAUUGUGUAGUCUUCAAUGCCAAUGUAUAUUAAAUUUUUAUUAAAUAUAUAACAACAUAAUCUGAACAUGGAAAA